AAGCAACAAGCCUCCAAGAGCAGCAACAACUAGCCGCCAGCAUCAGCUAGCUCGAAUGGAACGAGGGCGCAGUAACAUGUAAAAGUUUAGAAACAUCGAUCUUCGGCCUGAGUUGGCGCAGGAAUAACGUUUGGUGAAUCCCGAAACGGACGAGAAGACUAUGGACUCUGUCUCGUGUCUAUAACUGCAAGUUUUUUGCGUAAAUAAGAGCUUCAAAUGUGCGAAAAGUCGCUGGGUCUGUUCUCGUCGUUGAACAAGAUGGCAGCAGCACCGAUGCAGAGUGUCUCUGUGGUGUGGAUCCUUGCUGCUAGCCUGUUCUCUCACGCUUUGGGUGAUACGACCUAUUGGUCUUACUGAAGGUAUGGCCUCGCAAGUUUUGGUUUAUCCAUCACACCUGCACUCAGCUCAAACAAGUGCCUUAGGAACCAGCAGCAGUGGUACCAGCAGACACACGGGUGAAGUCCACCGCAGUUAUAACACCAGCAGAGCCUUUGAGCAUCGACCCCUGCCCAAGACCUAUGUGAUCGGAGUCAACUACGGCAUUGCUUAUCCCAACAACGUUGCCCCAUCUUCUUCUGGUGCUGAACUUGGAAGACUGCCCAGGGAACAACAGCUUGCAGAAACUGAUCAGUGGGCUUUGCAAGCUGCAGGAAUACAGGGAACAGACAGCUGGGAGCGCCUAGGAGAAGGUCCGGUGGGGAUCCCAUAUCAGCAGUCUGUUGAGCAGAGCAGGGUCCCACAGGAAGAGAAUCUUCAGAGAGAAGGUGCAGGCUUGGACUGCGUACUUGUGAAUAAAGCUUGUGUAAGAACAGAGGAGGGAGAGGCUAGAAGCGGUGGAGCGCACGAAAGAGGAGCGUACGUCAACGUUGUUGACCCAGGUGCCACUCAGAGAUGUGAACAGAAGACAAGUGAAGGUGGAGAACAACCGCAGGAAAUCAGUUGCUUCAGAACCAUGCAGAUAGUGGAGGAGGUAUCUGCUUUACCCUCUCUUCCUCCCCCAGUGGCCAUGUUGCAGACCAGCACUGGGAACAAUGGAGACACUGUUCGAGUAGGUGGUGGAGGGACACUGCCUUCUCAACACAACAGGGUGGAUGCAGUGGCAGGCCUUGGAACCGGGGUUGAUGGGACUGAAAUCAGGCCCAACAACAGUUCUGAGGUUGUGGCAGGCGCUACGCUGAGCAGGAGUGGAUCAGCAGACGGUGAUUAUCAGCUGGUUCAGCAUGAAGUUCUGUACUCGCUGAAAAACAGCUACGAGGUCUUGGAGUUUCUGGGUCGUGGCACUUUUGGUCAGGUGGUGAAAUGCUGGAAGAGGGGAACCAGUGAGUCGGUGGCUGUCAAAAUACUGAAGAACCACCCGUCCUAUGCCCGCCAAGGACAGAUAGAGGUUGAGAUCUUGGCCCGGUUGAGCAGCGAGAACGCAGAAGAGCACAAUGUGGUGCGUGCGCUGGAGUGUUUCCAGCACCGCAGCCACACCUGUUUGGUGUUUGAGAUGCUGGAACAGAACCUCUAUGACUUCCUUAAACAGAACAAGUUCAGCCCACUGCCGCUCAAAAUCAUCAGGCCGAUUCUGCAGCAGGUGGCAACUGCCCUAAAGAAGCUGAAGGAUCUAGGUUUGAUUCAUGCAGAUCUGAAGCCUGAAAACAUCAUGCUGGUGGACCCAUCCAGACAGCCCUACAGAGUCAAAGUCAUUGACUUUGGCUCAGCCAGCCACGUCUCCAAGGCUGUCUGCUCCACAUAUCUACAGUCCCGAUACUACAGGGCUCCAGAGAUCAUUUUGGGGCUGCCGUUCUGCGAAGCCAUUGACAUGUGGUCGCUUGGAUGUGUGAUAGCUGAACUCUUUCUGGGCUGGCCUCUCUAUCCCGGAGCGCUGGAGUAUGACCAGAUCCGGUACAUCUCUCAGACGCAGGGGCUCCCAGCCGAGCAGCUGCUCAACAAGGGGACGAAGACCUCACGCUUCUUCACCAAAGAAUCCGACUCCCCCUACGCCUCCUGGAGACUAAAGACAACUGAGGAGCAUGAGAAAGAGACGGGACUUAAAUCCAAAGAGGCCAGAAAGUACAUCUUCAGCUGCCUGGAUGAUGUGGCACACGUGAACUUGGUUCUGACUCCUGAUAACAGCGACAUGGAAGCAGAGAAGGCAGACAGGCGGGAGUUUGUGUCUCUUCUCAAAAGCAUGCUGCUGAUCGACGCCGAGGACAGGACGGUUCCCUCGUGUGUCCUAAAUCACCCGUUCCUCACCAUGACUCACCUACUGGACUUCCCCCACAGUAACCAUGUUCAGUCAUCUUUCCGCGUUAUGGACAUGUGCCACACUCGGCCCAACAGUGCAGUUUUUGAUGCUUUGAACCAGAACACCAUCCAUUUGACCCGGCCACCUUUAGGCCCCGCCCCCAGCAUUCCACUGGGCUACAGCAACAUCCCAGUCCACACCCAGUCUAUAACCCAGUCGGCUCCAUCAGUGUUGCAUCAUGGGAUAGCUCUAACCACAGGAAAUGCUCAGUUUGGAUGCACUGAUUCGUUUCCACCUGCUCUUCUUCUUUGUCCUCCCGCGAUGCAAGGUAACCUUAAUCAGCCAGCAGGCUUUCCCGUCCCCAUGGUAACUCAAGCCCCUCCCAUCCAGCCCCUACCUGUGAGACCUGGUGUGAUAGCUCAGCAGGCCUGGUCUAGUCGAGGCCAGCAGCUUCUGGUUCCAGCAGCGUGGCAGCAGAUGACUCCUGUGGGUCCUCCCCCCUCUCACCCACCCCCACCACCUCCUUCCUCCUUAACCAGUGACACCGCAGCUUGUCCACAGAGGAUCAGUGACUGGGGGAAAUUGCGCACACACGGCAGCCAUUUUAACGCUGUGAUGCAGCAGCCUCUCCUGAAUCAGAUGCCCGCCCUCUCUGCUCCUCAGCCAAUCAACAUCGGCAUAGCUCACGUUGUGUGGCCCCAGACAGCCAAUAAACGAAACCGACAAGGACACAACAGAAACCAGUCCCAUCCCAGCAACCUCCACGUGUCGGUGUGUCGGUCCCCCAAAAUGUUCGACGUUGUGGGACAGGCCGUGGCAGGAAGAGAGAAGGCUCAGAGGGAGGAGCCGGCGGUGGAGACUCGGCGACCAGAAAUCCCAAACGGAAAUGAAAGAGAAGAAGUCCCAGAGCAGGAAGAGCGGUGCUUCAAAGAGGCUGCGCUGGGAGCUACCAGGCGGGUGGAUCCCUCCAGGCAACCCCAGCGAGACGUGGUGGCCCUCAUGACAGACACGCCGAGCCCGGCUCCCAGCGUGAUCAGCAUCCGCAGCGACCUGAGUGAUGAUGAGGUGGGGAACGAAGCUCCUCGAGGGCGCCACCUGAGUCGGUGUAAAGAGGAAUGUGUGUGUGAGGCUUGCAGGAACACCAGUGUGUCCAUGGAGAGGGUGUGUUCCCUCAGCAGCCCCGACAGCAGCCUCAGCACCAGCUCGUUCGCCUCCAACUCUCUCCAGUCCAGCCCUUCGGCCUCACCGUGCAAAAGGCCCAACAGCAUGUCAGAGGAUGACGGCCACGAGAGCGGCUGCGACACGGUGGAAGGCUCGCCCACGUCUGACACCUCCACCUCCCCGCGUGGCAACAACGCCUACCGUUACCUUAACAACAACAACAACCGCCCACCGCUAGCCGCCGAGCAGGACAGGAGUCCUCGUGGCAUCCGGACCAUGGUAGUUCCACCAAUGAGAGUGCAGAGCAACAACAACACUCAGAGGACAGAGGAGCGUGUCCAGAGGACAGCGUCAGAGUCCUGGUCCCGGUCCAGAGGGCGCUGCGGCCUCAUAGGACAGCAGAGCACUGCCUCCUCCAUCCCCCCCCUCCUCCCAUCCGCCCCCAUCUUGUCCUGGCAGCAAACGGUGACGGGGCAGCAGCAGCACCCCCUUUUGGGCUACGGUCAGGUGCAGCCGUACGCUUCAAACCACAGCAACAAGGAGUGGAACGGCAACUAUGGGCCUCUGCGACCGCACGCCUUCAUCCCGCCUACUGUCCACACACACACCUUCACACACCUGCACCACAGCAGCCCAACACACUCUUCAGCCGCCCCGCACACACACACCCUGCUGUCGUACCCCGCCGGCGGCCCCCUCACUGCCGCCCACCACCCCAUCCUGCCUUCUCGCCCCCCUCCUCCCCCCCUCCUCCAGCACGGCUUUGGGCUCUCCCACCAUCACGGCUGCGCUUUAGUCCACCAGAUGACCCUGGGCAUCGGCACCCAUCCCCACCACCCAGGGCACCCCGCCGCUCCACACAGGCUCCUCCCUUCCCCUACCAUCAACCCUGGCUACCACCCGCACCAGUUCAAGCCUCCCUUUCUCCCCCCGCCCCCUCCUCACCCGUACCUGGCCUCCCCAGCCGCCUUCACUGGCUUCCCUCUGAGCCCCACGAAGCUCAGCCACCAGUUUUCUUACAUCUGAGGAGCAGGAAGGAGACGCAGCAGCACCUCCUGACGAGGAGGCCGAAGGGGAAGUGGAGCGGCGCUUGGACCUGGGCGGGCCGACCCACCAGCCGAGCUCACCAGCAGCUCCUGUGAUGAAGAACAGAUGAAUAAUGUUUUUUUUUUUUUACUGUGGAUGGAUUUUAUUAUUUUACUGAUGAUGUUUUAAGGACAGAAAUCAAAGCGUCUGUAAUCAUGUUUGAUUUUUAGAGCAGCUUCCGCUCUAAACUCCUCCCCCUAAAUCAGGUCAGCCAGCGGAGGAAGCUGCAGAGUUCAGAGUCAAUGAGUUAAUAAGAAAUAAUCAAUCAACUCUUGUCGUCAGGUAUAAAGAGAGAGACGGUGCCUUGCAGCAGCCGCUCCGAUCCGGUCGUUCAGCCAUCGCUGCUGAUUGGAUCAGACGCUCCCGUCUUUGAUUCUGCUUUCUCCUAGUGCCUUAAACCCGAGCGUACGGCGUUACUUCAGGAGCACACAGAUCGUACGUCUGAACGGGCUUGCAGCACUUCACUAACGAGGUGGGCUUCUUAACGAGGGGAACACGCACGUGUGUGUGUGUGUGUGUGGGGGGGGGGUGGUAUUUCACCAUCGUUGGACUUCAGUCUGCUUUCUAACUCAGAGUAUGGGGCUGCACAUAUAGGGCUUUGACUGAAAUUUAAUGUACAUAAAGAGUGAUUUGAUAUUUUGAUAAUCGAUUUCUAUUCACGAUAGUACUUAUACUUCAUAACAGUAUUGUCACUGUUUACUGUAACUGCAAUACAAUCUAGAUACUCUGGGUUGCUGUGUUUUAUCGUCUCGUGUUUAGGGCCCGUUUGCGUAUUUUUAGCUAUAUUUUUUUUUGGGGGGGGGGGGCCUAGAUUAAACACCUAAAGAUUCUAUGUAUGUACUUUAAGAUGCUUCUCAGUGUUUGAGGUCAACAGUAUCACUGCUGGGGUUUUGGAGUAUUAGAGUUGUGUGUUGAAGCCUGUUUUAUACAUUCCUUCAGGGUGGAAGCAUAGCCUCUGGUGUGUGUGUGUGUGUGUGUGUGUGUAUGUGUGUGUGUGCGUGCGUGCGUGUGUGUGUGUGUGUUUUAGUGGACCUGUUCCUUCAGCCGUCACCCCCGCGGACGUUUCACUCCAAUCAGCACCAAAGACUCGAUGUUAAUCAUUUCCGAAGCACGGUCGAUGUUAUUUCCUUCACCUCCAGCGUUUUUUUUUUAUAUGUUGUGAGAUCUUGCUUUUUGAAAUUUGAGGUUGAGGCUUUAUUAUUAUUAUUAUUAUUAUUAUUAUUAUUAUUAUUUGGAGCUUUUGUUUGCUAAGUUGUUUGGAAUGUAUAGAUAAUAAGCUGCUAUGUACUGAUUAUCUGCCACUUGGUAGCUGUGAAUUUAGAGGAUUAAUCUCUUUCUCGCCUGCGUUUUCUCUCCUCUGUAUCGUAGUUUGGACAACUAGAGACGAUGUAGGUGGGCUUAACUUGGAUCAGAGUAUAUUGGACGCUACUCCUUUAUGCUAGUGCCUCCUGUAUAUUGGCUUAUUUUGUUUUGAAGUGAUUGUAAACUGCUGUAUUGGAAGUUAUCUGUUUAUUUUUUUUGUUCUGUUGCUUUUUUGGUGUGUGUGUGUGUGUGUGUGUGUGUGUGUAUUUAGCAUCAGUAUUUCAAACGUAGGCUGGGGUCCCGCUUUGAUUCUGUAACCAGUGUGAUGUAUUAAUGUUUUACUUUGGAUGGCGUGGUUUUAUUUCCGUUCUAGGACCGUAUUUGCGACUCCGUACUGUACGACUAGUGCCUUUCUCCUACCGGCGGCUGACAGAAGACGUCUCCAUAUCAAAGCUGUUGGAAGUUUCUUAGACUAGUUCCGUCUGGAGGGUAGAACCGGGUCCCUAAAGCUAGUUAGCCCCAGGUGAGUUCUGUAAACAGCUUGAUUUUUUAAAAACAGAAUCCUAAGAAAAAAAUGUCAGGGAACGUUAUAUUCACCAAGGACGCGGCGCAGUAGUGAAAACACGAGGCCUGAAAUGCAAAGCUUUACUUCACACCGUGAAUGUAUUGGCGGACGUCGAGUCGUCCGGUUUAGGUUUGCAGACGACAUGUUGGCUGUCUUGUUGCGGCUCUGCGGCGUUUGGGCUCGUCCUGUGAUGGGGAUGUUGAUCGUUCUUGGAUGCAGCUAUUACCAUUGGUAGAUGUUUCAGCCUUCGAAAUGCUUUAUCCGUCACUCGUGGCUCCAAAGUGGUCCCAGCCUGAUCGGAUUUAGCGUUAGUUUGUGAUGGUUUCGUUGUUGUUGUGCUACUGUUUUGAUGCUUAUUAAGUGGAUUCACUGUUUUUCUCGGCGUGCAGCCUGAGAUUCCGUUUGUGUCGCGGCUUCUCGGUCGAUCCCGCUCAUGUUGGUUCUUUGCGUCGGCGAGGGCUACGUCCCACCGUGGCGGGUAGAUGACUCACGCCGCUGCAGCUUCAUGCCGACGGUCGGCACAAAAGACGACGGAGGGGGUUCACGCGGUUCCCGACCCAUAACGAGCCUUAAGCAACUAAACAGGCUUAAAUAGUUCCGAUUAUUGUAAAACGCCAGCCGCGUUGAUCUCUUUGGGUCUACUCCCUCCAAACCUGCUUUUAUUGGCACCAGCAGAUCAAAUUCACCAAACACCUCGCUUGGUUAGUGAGCAGGAAUCCAAAAGUGAUUUUUUUAACAUGACUAAUUAUUUGCAUUUACACAUGAUGGCUGAAUAAAAAUGUUACUGUUCUAAAUAUGUAGGUUUGUGUGGCUUUAUGGUUUUUUUCUUUGAUUUGUUUAGUUUAAUCUUUAAGUGCUACACUAGUGUGACUUGUAGCAACUGCACUGUGCAAUAUACAACAAUACGAUGACUGGGAAUGCUCGUUGGGAUGUAACGACGCGCGUCUUACCAGUUUGCAGCCCCUCCCGUCUAGUUCUCAGUGAGUUUCAGUGUGACCAAGCCUGAUGUACUUUGUCACGAAAAGCGGGUUCCUUCUUGGUGACUCUUAUUGGUGAGUGUCAAAUUAUGAAUUUAUUGUGUACGUUGUUGAGAUUCACUUUGAAUAAAAAAAAAUCUUUUGCUUCA